AUGGCCCGAUUGGAACACAACAACGAACAUAAAGACAGCAAGGUCGAUGAUCACUCGCAAUCGGCGGGCUAUAUGGCCGGAUUUGGAGAGGUGGUGGAACAGCGGCAUGUUUUCGGUCAUCAUGCGCACGGGCCAGUGCAAAUCAGAAUGCCGCCAUCCGCACUAGAUGUGGAAAGGACACCAGAACGGAAUCUUUGUUCGUCUCCAGAAGCUACGGAACGUUCCUGGCACGCCCUGCUCUCGCAACCGCGUUCCUUAAAAGUAUGUAAACCCCAUAGUUGGGUUUACCCUCGUGGAUUUCCCAUCCUUAGACCACGGCAAGUUUCCAGAAACGGCAUUCCUGCAGAAAAUAUUGAAAAAACAUCUUCGAUUUACGUGUAUGAAAAGGAGAGAAGCUACUUCGAGCAAUGUUUCAAAGAGCUGAGAGUUCUAGGAAGAGGACUGUUUGGAGAGGCUUUGGAAGUUGAAUGCCGCGAGACAGGGAAUCGCUACGCAGUAAAGCGAGCUCUGCACACCUUCGAAUCAGCUGGAAAUCGCCAACUGAAGCUUCGUGAAGCGACGAACCAUGAGGCGAUUCCUCCUCAUACGAAUAUUGUCAAAUUUGAAAAGGCCUGGGAGGAG